AUACAUUGGAAAGGCAGACUCAAUCACCAUCAGCGUAUGGAAUCACAAGAAGAUCCACAAAAAGCAGGGUGCAGGUUUCCUCGGCUGUGUCCGCCUCCUGUCCAACGCAAUCAACAGACUCAAAGACACUGGCUAUCAGAGACUGGACCUGAAUAAGCUGGGCCCGAAUGACAAUGAUACUGUGAGAGGUCAAAUAGUUGUAAGUCUUCAGUCCAGAGAUCGCAUCGGGACAGGAGGGCCGGUAGUGGACUGCAGCCGCUUGUUCGACAACGACCUGCCUGAUGGUUGGGAAGAAAGGAGGACGGCCUCUGGGAGGAUACAGUACCUGAACCACAUCACACGUACCACGCAGUGGGAGAGACCGACCAGGCCAGCGUCGGAGUACUCCAGCCCCUCAGGGCGUCCUCUGAGCUGUGUGGUGGACGAGAACACGCCGGUGAUGACGCCCGUCAACGGGGCUGAGGCGAGCGUGCCGCAGGGCGUACAGCGGGUCCAGGAGAGACGGGUUCGAUCUCAGCGGCAUCGCAACUACAUGAGUCGAACACACCUGCAUACACCCCCUGACCUGCCUGAGGGUUAUGACCUCAACUUGGCCAAACGUGCCAACAAAGCAGAGCUCAAUCCGUCGCUGUGCUUGGAGCUCCUUUCUCAAGAGGACAGGGAUCUCAGCAAUGUGAACUGUGAGGAGCUGGGCCCGCUGCCUCCAGGCUGGGAGAUAAGAAACACAGCCACGGGUCGCGUCUACUUUGUCGACCACAACAACCGGACAACUCAGUUCACAGACCCGCGACUCUCUGCUAACCUGCAUCUAGUACUCAACCCAAGUCCAAAUGGUUCCCGUGUGGCCAUGGAAAGCCAAAACACUAACCUCAGUCAAACGCCUCCGUUGAAGGAGCAGGUUGUUACCGGGGUCCCGCCGCAGCCCCUCUCCCCCGCCCAGAUGCCUGAGGAGGCGGAGUGCCUGACGGUGCCCAAAUACAAGAGAGACCUGGUGCAGAAGCUGAAAAUCCUGCGGCAGGAGCUCUCUGCGCAACAACCACAGGCCGGCCACUGCCGCAUCGAGGUCUGCCGUGAGGAGAUAUUUGAGGAGUCGUACCGGCAGGUGAUGAAGAUGCGUCCGAAAGAUCUCUGGAAAAGACUGAUGAUCAAAUUCAGAGGAGAAGAGGGACUGGACUAUGGCGGGGUAGCAAGGGAAUGGUUAUACCUGCUGUCCCACGAGAUGCUGAACCCGUACUACGGCCUGUUCCAGUACUCCAGAGACGACAUCUAUACUCUGCAGAUCAACCCGGACUCUGCUGUCAACCCGGAGCACCUGUCGUACUUCCACUUCGUGGGUCGCAUCAUGGGCAUGGCGGUGUUCCACGGCCACUACAUCGACGGAGGCUUCACUCUGCCCUUCUACAAACAGCUGCUGGGGAAACCCAUCACGCUGGACGACAUGGAGUCCGUCGACCCCGACCUCCACAACAGCCUCGUCUGGAUCCUGGACAAUGACAUAAACGGCGUCCUGGACCACACUUUCUGUGUGGAGCACAAUGCCUACGGAGAAAUCAUCCAACAUGAGCUCAAACCCAACGGCAAGAGUGUGAACGUCACAGAGGACACCAAGAAGGAGUAUGUCAGGUUGUAUGUGAACUGGCGUUUCCUGCAUGGCAUCGAGGCUCAGUUUCUGGCUCUGCAGAAAGGUUUCAACGAGGUUAUCCCACAACACCUGCUCAAAUCCUUUGAUGAGAAAGAACUGGAGCUGAUUGUGUGUGGCCUGGGAAAGAUCGACAUCGCUGACUGGAAGUCCAACACCCGUCUGAAGCACUGCACCACCGACACCAACAUCGUCAAGUGGUUCUGGAAAGCCGUGGAGACGUUUGACGAGGAGAGGAGGGCCCGGCUGCUGCAGUUUGUUACCGGCUCCUCCAGAGUGCCCCUGCAGGGCUUCAAGGCUUUACAAGGAGCUGCAGGGCCCAGACUCUUCACCAUUCAUCAGAUCGAUGCAAACGCCAACAAUCUGCCCAAAGCCCAUACCUGCUUCAACCGGAUUGACAUCCCGCCCUACGAGAGCUACGACAAGCUAUACGACAAGCUGCUGACUGCGAUCGAGGAGACCUGUGGCUUCGCAGUGGAAUGAGAGACACGUUGGAGAGUGUGUUUGUGUGUGAAAAUGUACAGACACACUGAUGUCUCGCUCAGAGCGUCUUUGACCAGCCUGCAGUCUGCCCUCACCGCUCUCCACAUUCUCCCCUGAUCGAUUUCUGUUUGAACAGCUGCUACUCACCCCGUCAUUUAAUUGUUUAGUUUUUUUGUAGAUUGUGCAAAAUACAGAGAGCUACGAGUUGUUUAUACAGAAAGACAAACAUUACUGCCUGGUCAUCUCAAUUUUAGAUCUUAAUCAAAUCAGGAAGUAGUUUAAUAAUUUAGAGUUUAAAACAAAACAUAUUUUCUCCCCAGGCAACUGAGAGCAUUGAGUCGCUCUUUCGUUUUGCAUUUCAAACGGAUUGAUUCAUGUCAUGCUACUGAAUCUUUAACACUGCAGGUAGCCAUAUCUUGCCCAUAGUAGCAUCUGAUCCUCCACCAACACAGCUUCCACUCCUCAUGGCUGCAGAGUGUGUGUGCUUCUCUUGUUGGAGGCAACACAUUCAUCCUACCUCGCCUGUAAUGCUUCGAUAUUUGAAGGGUUUCAUCUUAAAAUGCUCCAUAAUAAACUAGGUUUCCAUAUUAGCGGCGAUGUCUCAACUGCAUAACCAUCCAAAACAAUUCAAAGUGUGAAUAUAUCAUUUUGAAGUAGAGCUCUACUUGGAUGUGGGUCUGAUGUUUGGUUGCGUUUGUGAUUGGAGCUUGUGGUGGGUUGUUUUAAGCUAGAGGGACAGACUCUGGUGAAGAAGAAGGUGUGAAUAUAAUUGUUUUCCCUUAAUCACUGCAGUGUGGCCACAGCUCUUGUAAAUGUGUGUCUGCAUGUGUAAACAUAAGUAUGCUAGGAAGUUUAAAGAUGAGUUUCCCAUCCUCUCACAGGAUGCUGAUUGAAACUCUUUUUGAGCAUGGUUUGUAUUCCUGUUCUCUACUCAUUGGUCUCCAGCAGUUGAAAUGAUGCAUGUUCUUUUUUUCUUCUUGCAUUUAGUUUUUAAUCCAACCCAAAAUCACCCAACACACUUCCUGUCAGACCAUAUGUGAAAAGGGCACAACUGUCCAAGGGACCAGGCUUGAAAUAAGCUAUUCAAGGCAGGCGUCCAUUGUUAGUCUCGUCGUCAGUUUAAAAGGCAGAAGUAUUUCUUUCUCUCUCGUCACUUUAGAGCACUUUACAAACUGAGCAGCGGCUUGCAGGAGUGCUUUCUUCACGUUAGAUAAAAAAUAUAUCAUGUUUAAUUUGCUAUUGGACUCCAUAAGAAAUAUACAGAGUAUCUACACACCUGUAACUUUUGAGUAUAUAUGUACAAAUACAUAGCUAUUUUGUAUAUGGUUGCUUGUUCUUUCUGUUCAAUUUAAAUGCAAGCAUGUUGGUGUCUGUCACAGAUCUCUUUGCAUUCUCAGGUGAAGUUGUCCCUUGUUUUACUUUUUUACAUUUAUUAGGCUAGUGUGUGUGAGGAGGGGUAAUACUGGUUGUAAUGGCAAAUAUAUUUCAGAGGCUCUUUAAACCCAUGAUAGUGUAAAGGUCCACCGUUUAAAGUGACGUUUUCCUUUUGGUCAAUCACUCUUACUUAUAAACACACACAUGCCUUCAUAGGAGGACAUGAAUGGCCAGAUGUGAUGCUCUGGGGGUCUGUGUCACUGCAACAUACAUUUUCUUUAAAUAAAGGAAACGGACUGAAUGCUGCCGGCGGACUCAAACCCUCAGAGCUUCAAAUGUUUGAGGUUGUCGGCUGCUGAUAUCCGGGGUGCUACAUGGUGAAAAGUCGGAAACACAACAUUAAGACGGCCUCUGCCCAUCCAAAGAAACCCUUCUGCAUGAAUGGACGCUCGAGAGUUAAAGCCUAUUUAUUUGCAUAAUUAAUACUCUAAAAAAACGUUUUGACUUGGAAAAAUUUGUUUAAAUGUUAUUUUUUUUUUGUAUAUGUAUACUGCCUGCAUUUAUCUGUAACCAUGAACAGUCUGUUAGCUGAUUUUCAGAACAUUUUAUUUUGUGGUCAUCAUGAGACAAAACGGAGAAACUGAACAUGAAAUUGUCUUUGUACAGUUGUAGAGAGUUUAUUUGAUUGAUCCUUUAAUAACCUGACUCAGAGGCAGAAGAUAAAUGCAUUACACCUUUUUUUGCACACAUUAUGCAUACUUGGGCUCCAAGUUAUAAUCAGACACUUCCUUCUAUUUACCAAAUAGUUAAUGGACUGGUUAAGGUUUUUUUUUUUUCCUAUGUAGAUAACGUAUAUAUGAAUACACACAUGAUCUUGAUAUGCACACAUGUAUGUUUGUCCAGUGCACACAGUCCACUUCUACUCUUUGUUACUUGUUGGCACAAAGUUUUCUGGCUGGUUCAGUCUUCAGUGCAAAAGUUGUGGGGGUUUUGAGCUUCCAGACGAGGGGAAAUCUCCCCAGUUAAGCCGCCAAGCUUUGAACGCCUGUGAUAUAAAGAGAUAUUUGUCUACUCUUAACUGAUCUGAUGAAUUGUUGAAAUGGAUUGAGAGCCAGUUCUGGUCAAAAGGAUUUUCUUGAAUGAUGGUUUAAUUGGUUACAAACUAGAACAAUGCUCAGCUAACUCUCUCCCUACUCUUUUAAGUGCAAAUGUACAGGUUUAUGUGCAAAUUUGUGUGUGUGUGUGUGUGUAUGACUUGAUUGAAUUCAGUACAAAACAGAAAUCUUUUUUUUAAACUGCACCAUGUUUUUAUUUCUUUUGAUUUCCUAUCUGUUUUUGUAUUUAUUAUUACAGUAAAUGUGUUCAUAGUUUUUCACAUCAGCUGCUCUGUGAGCUUGUAACUGACACCUGUACAUAAGGACAAUAAAGAAGCAAAGUAAUACACUUCUUGUACCCUUGCAGAAAGCUGAGCAAUAAAACUAUGCUGUUUGAACCUCACAGCAUUAUGUUUUAUAGAA